UAUAAAAUAAAAAUAAAAAAUGAACUCUCAAUCACUUGAAGCAACGAAAACAUAGAGUGUAAAGGACUAUAAAGCACAGCAUAAAUUAGAAGACAGAAAGAAAAGAGUCUAGCAAUAUAAAGAAAAAUACCCAGAAAUGACACCGAUGGUUGUUUAAAAGCAUCCAAAAGCCAAGAUAAUGUCAUUAACAAGGCCUUAGUAUUUGAUUUAAAUAAAAUAGAUUUUUGGUCAAUUAAACAGUGAAGUUUUCAGAUUUUAAAAACUAAAUCAGAGCUAAACUCUAAUUAUCACCUUAAUAAACAUUGUUUUUUUAUUGUGGAAAUAAUAUAAUAUCUGAUGGUAUUGAUUUCAAUUAAAUAUAGAUAUUUCACUUUUUGAGUUAUAUAAUAAAUAUAAAGAUAGAGAAGAUGAAUUCUUGUAUUUGAAUUAUUCAGAUUGCGAAGUUUUUGGGAAAUGAAUUGAUUUAUAUUCAUAAAAAUAG